GGGAAAUCCACACUAAUGAAUACCCUCUUCAAUACCACCUUUGAGACAGAGGAAGCCAGUCACUACGAGAGCGCGGUUCGCUUGCGGCCACGGACCUACGACCUGCAGGAGAGCAAUGUCCACCUGAAGCUAACAAUUGUGGAUGCGGUUGGAUUUGGGGAUCAGAUAAAUAAAGAUGAAAGUUACAGGCCGAUAGUUGAGUACAUUGAUACGCAGUUUGAAAACUAUUUGCAAGAAGAGCUGAAAAUCCGCCGCUCUCUCUUCAACUACCAUGACACGAGGAUUCACGUCUGCCUGUACUUCAUCACUCCAACCGGGCACUCGCUCAAGUCCUUGGACCUCGUGACAAUGAAGAAGCUGGAUAGCAAGGUGAACAUCAUCCCAAUUAUUGCCAAAGCAGACACCAUCUCCAAGAGCGAGUUGCACAAGUUCAAGAUAAAGAUAAUGAGCGAGCUGGUCAGCAAUGGUGUGCAGAUCUAUCAGUUCCCCACAGAUGACGAAGCAGUCGCUGAGAUCAACUCUGUGAUGAAUGCUCAUCUGCCCUUCGCUGUGGUCGGCAGCACGGAGGAGGUGAAAGUUGGGAACAAGCUGGUGAGAGCUCGGCAGUACCCAUGGGGAGUGGUGCAAGUUGAAAAUGAAAGUCACUGUGACUUUGUGAAACUGCGGGAAAUGCUGAUUCGCGUCAACAUGGAGGAUCUUCGGGAGCAGACUCACACGCGUCACUAUGAGCUCUACAGGAGGUGCAAACUGGAGGAGAUGGGCUUCAAGGACACAGAUCCAGACAGCCAACCCUUCAGCCUCCAAGAAACAUAUGAGACCAAAAGGAAAGAGUUCUUGGGUGAGCUCCAGAAGAAAGAGGAAGAAAUGAGACAAAUGUUUGUUAACAAAGUCAAGGAGACGGAGGCAGAGCUGAAGGAGAAGGAGAGAGAGCUGCAUGAGAAAUUUGAGCACUUAAAAAGGAUACACCAGGAAGAGAAAAGGAAGGUGGAGGAGAAGAGGAGGGAGCUGGAGGAAGAAAUGAACGCCUUCAACAGGCGGAAAGUAGCAAUGGAAACCUUGCAGUCCCAAUCCUUGCAGGCUACCUCACAGCAGCCGCUGAAGAAGGACAAAGACAAGAAAAAUUAAUCACACACAGACUUUCAGGCCAAGAGUGGACUUGGUGCUUUCAUGUGUUAAGUUGCUUGAGUUUCCCACCCUGUGACCCUUCUCAUAACAUUGUGUGAGUGGACCAAAGUGAAAGAGAAAAUGAGCAUCUUCGGUGGUUGCAGUGUAACGACUCGCUGUUAUCAGUACAGAAUUUAUCGGGAGGUUUUAAGGAAGUAACCUUACCAUGCACGUCUUGUUAAGCAAAGUCAACUAAUCCCUGAAGUAAGAUGUUUUGUUCUAAACCCAGUGAUUGAACAGCCAUGUAUAAAGUGACCAUAACUGUUUGUCUGAACUCAUCUUACCCACCAGCUAAAUAGUUGCUUUCUAUUUUUUUUUUUUUUUAAUUGGCUAAGGUGACUGCUUGAGACUCAUCUGCCUUCCCUUGUACACGCGUAAAUGUGAGGAGUGGUAUGAAGAAUGCUGAAACGUUUAUUUUUCUAACAAA